AUGGAGAACCCCCUCGCCCCUGCGCCGCCCGCCGCCGACAGCCCCUCGUCCGCCCGCGACGGCGCCCAGCGGCCCGGGACCCCCGGUUGGCGCGAAUGCUUGCGGCCUCUGCGGGGCGCGCUGCCGCCCGACGUGGGGCGCGAGACGGCGGAGCUGGCGGCGCUCGCGGGCCCAGUGUUCCUCGCGCAGCUGCUGCUCUUUCUCAUCAGCCUCGUCAGCUCCGUAUUCUGCGGACACCUGGGCAAGGUCGAGUUGGAUGCGGUUACGCUUGCUGUCUCGGUUGUGAAUGUCGCCGGGAUUUCCGUUGGAACUGGCUUGGCCUCCGCUUGUGACACGCUCAUGUCUCAGUCCUUUGGAGCCAAGAACCUAAAGCGUGUGGGGAUCGUCCUUCAGAGAAGCAUCCUCGUCCUGCUGCUGUGCUGCUUCCCGUGCUGGGCCCUCUUGCUCAACACCGAAAGCCUCCUCCUGUUCCUGAAGCAAGACCCCGAGGUCUCCAGGAUAGCCCAGAUCUAUGUGAUGAUUUUAAUCCCUUCUCUUCCGGCCACAUUCCUGUUCCAGCUGCAGGCAAAAUAUUUACAAAGUCAGGGCAUCAUCCUGCCUCAAGUGGUUACCGGCAUUGCAGCGAACGUCCUCAACGUGGGCAUGAAUGCCCUCCUGCUGUACGCCCUGGACUUCGGAGUGGCAGGAUCUGCCUGGGCGAACACCACUUCCCAGUUCUCCCUGUCUGCUCUUCUCUUCCUGUACGUGUGGUGGAAAAAAAUCCACGUCCACACCUGGGGAGGUUGGACCAGGGACUGUUUCCAGGAGUGGGGCUCCUUCAUCCAGCUGGCCAUCCCCAGCAUGUUCAUGGUGUGCAUUGAGUGGUGGACCUUUGAAGUCGGAACCUUCCUUGCAGGAUUGAUGAGCGUGACAGAGCUCGGAGCCCAGGCCGUCAUUUAUGUACUGGCUUCUGUGGCCUACAUGGUGCCUCUAGGCCUUGGCGUGGCAGCCAGCGUCCGGCUGGGCAGUGCCCUGGGGGCAGGGGACGCCCAGCAGACACGACACUCCUGUGCCACCGCCCUCCUGUGUGCAGGUGUUUGCGCACUUGUAACCGGUAUCUUCCUUGCUGCUUUAAAGGAUGUGGUAGCCUAUGCAUUCACCAGUGACGAAGAUGUCGUGUCCCUUGUGAGCCAAGUGAUGCCCAUUUUUGCUCCCUUUCAUCUGUUUGAUGCACUUGCGGGCACCUCUGGUGGAGUCCUGAGAGGUGCAGGAAAACAGAAGAUGGGUGCUCUCCUGAAUGCCAUCGGUUAUUAUGUUUUUGGUUUUCCCCUUGGAGCAUCUCUGAUGUUUGCUGCUAAUCACGGGAUAAUAGGUCUCUGGUCCGGAUUGACGGCCUGUGUCUUCUUUCAAACCCUCUUCUACUUGGUGUACAUCUGGAGGAUAAACUGGAACAGAGCGGCAGAGCAGGCACAGGUUCGAGCCGGGCUGAGAGGGACGAAAGACGCCGUGCCCACCGCGACAGAUCUGUCCAUCCCAGACAAAGAGGUAGCCGAUGGGGUGAUCCUACCUGACGUCAUCCGACCUGAGAGCCAGACCAUGCAGCUGGUGGAGAGCAGCUCGUGUGGGGUGGCCACCAUCGGGGAGGUCUUGACGGGGGCCCAGCUGAUUCUGUAUCGCGGGGCGGCUGUAGUUUUAGCUUUUGCUGUCCUGGUAGCAGGAAUUUUAAUAAGAGUUUUCACUGACCGUGGCUGAAACGGAAUCACCCCAGCCCACAAACUAGCAGUGACAACGACAUGCCACACAGGAAGCAUGGGAAGUGACCCUGGUCACCGGGACAGUGGUUUCGCUCUCAACUAAGUGUGGAGAGGAUACCAGUGAUGUGUGCUUAGUUAUUCUGAGAGUUUGCACGAUCUUACUGCUUACUGAAGAUUAAGAAAAGAGUUAUAAUUUUAAGUGAACUUUUCUCCCAACCGUUAACUCUAUCAUGGUUUUUAAAUCUGUAAAUUUGGUUUUCCCGGCUUGAAGUGUUCUUUAUGCUGUCAAUAUCUUUUGUCUUCCAGGAAAGCAGGUCCUCUAACAUUAACUGCUGGUCACGUUGUCUUUUUGUUUCUCUGUUACGUGUUCAGUCUUGUUGGUGAGUUUGUACAAAGUGCCGUCUAGUCCAGUCCCAGGUAGUGCCAUGUAAGCUUUUUU